GUGUGACUGCUCAUGCAACUGAUUUCUCAAUUUGACAGCCUUUCCGAAAUUCAUUAUAUUAUCUGACACGCUCUAAACUUUCGCUUUCGCAUUUCGGAAGCAAAAUCCGUAGAAGCAUUUCAAUUUUUAACCGCACCCUUAACAGCUACUCUAAAAAAUUAAAACUGCCGCGUGCAAACGAUGUGUAAGUAGAAAGUGAUCAAAACACAAGCGACCGGACUUUAUAGAUGUUUGUUGUUUGUUUGGAAAUUGCAUUUUAACAAAUUGUUGAUAGAUUUGAAAAUAAAAGCGAUUGUACCUCCAAAUACCCAGGCAAUAUGAAUAAAAAAACGUUUGCUAACCUAAUGAGCAUUGAGAAGAAAGCAUUUGAAAAGAAUGUGGAAAACUAUCGAAGGUUGCUGUUAAACGAUGAAAACGCCAGACCAAUUAACCGAGCAAUAAGCAUUCAAACAGUUAAAGUUGAAACCAUCUCAGACGAGGAAUCAUCGGAUGAAGGCGCUACACCACCGAAGAUGAUGUUGAAUUCUUUUGAAGCAAAUCCAACAUUUGGGAAAGUGGCCGAUUAUCCGCGUAUAGGAAGCGUUACUGCCAAUGAUCAUUCAACAGCGAAUUCACGUAAAUAUAAAAACGCCACACCCAUCAAACGAGCAGUAAACACUUCCUCUGCAGGUAAAUUUGAAAAUGACGAAACCAUAACAUCAUUGAAACGGGUGCAGAAUUCUGUAGAAGCUGGUUCCAUAGUGACUCCAAUGGCAUUAAAUUCUUCAGGUACAUGUGGAUUGGUAGUAGAUCCUCAGCAUGUGGAACAUAUUGUUUCGAAGGAUUCUAAUGCAGAAGUUGUCACUCUAUUAAAAGCCAUUAUAGAUCAACAAAAUAACUUAGCUGUGUAUAUGACUAACUUGGACACACGCUUAAGGAAUUUGGAAGACUGCGUAGAAUAUAUGAGAACAUAUUGCACAGGAAAUUCUAGCACACAAUCUGAAGUAAUGCUUCAAGACAAAACGCCAAACAAUAGAAAGGUAACUCUAAAAGUCACCAAAUCAGACCCACUGGCUGAAGUUGUUACUAUGUUGCCAUUAACAACGAUUAAAUCGGCAGAUGAAUUUGAAGAAAAGCUGUCUAACAAAGAAUGUCUGCAGUCAAUGGUUGGUGAAUGAAAAAUUUUCAUACAUACAUACAUAACUUUACCUUAAUUUAGAAAGGCUCUGUUUAACAUUUUUGCUUCUUUACAUGGUUUUACAAUUUUUGGAAACUUAAGUUCUGCAGUUGCGAAUUUUCCAUACACUGGUUUUUUAUAAACACUGAAACUAGGUCCCUAGUAAGUAGUCUACUGAUGUUUGUGCACAUCUGAAUUUCAUAAGAAAAUGAGUUAAGGCCUUUCUAUAUUAAGAUAAUAUAUUCUAUUUCA